CGGCCGCGGGCUCGCUAACCGCGGCCUCUCUGAGUGUCGCGGGUGGUGCUUAUUUGUCCUGCCGCAGCCUCCAACACAGCCCGGUGGCAAACGAGAGCAAACGUCUCCCUCUUGCUUUUCCCCCGUAUAGUGCAUUGUACGUCGAGGUAUUCGCUAGAGCGUUCCUUUGUGCCAACAAGCCCGAGUGCCAGGUCCCUGCUCCGGGCGGGGGGGCUGAAGUCGCUGACCUUUAAAAGCCUCUUCCAAGCAGAACCAUGUUGCGUUUCUGAAAGGGCUUUUUGUGACACAGCCCCAAGCCUCAACUUCCAAAGACUCAGAGCUCGAAGCCACGUUUUUAGAGCACAAACCGUUGGUUUGGGGAUCAAAGUACACUUUUUCGCUUAGAAAACCUCCUUUUCAGGAUCCGAAGCUUCUUUUCUAGGGACUAAUGUCUCAGUUUUCCUUUCGAAAGUCUUUUUUGUUCCCAAAUCCUCAUUUUAAUCUCCAAAACUUCGUGCUCUUGGUCUAAACGCUGCCCGCAACAAGCAGCGGCGGGGCCGAGCGGCGCCGUGCCCGUGCGGUAACGGGCACUAGUCACAACCCGGUCAGAGCCGUGCCAGCUGCAGGCGUGCGCAUUGCCCAUGCGCGGUACCGAGUCCCCGCAGAGGCGCACGGGGAUGUGGCAUGACGAGCUGUGACGUACGCCGGGCACAGCAGCCGGCUGGGUGCGCCGAGUGCCGGCACGCAGGUCCCCGCCCCGCUCGCCGGCCGGCUCCUGGCUGUCAGGCACUGCCGCGGUCACGCCGCCGCCUUCCCGCCGCUGGCCCCGAGAGGAAACCGAGUGCGGCCAUGAAGAUCUGGAGCUCGGAGCACGUCUUCGGACACCCCUGGGAUACAGUGAUCAAAGCUGCUAUGAGGAAGUACCCCAACCCAAUGAAUCCAUGUGUGGUAGGAGUAGACGUCCUCGACAGAAGUCUAGAUAACCAGGGGAGGCUGCACAGUCACCGCCUUCUGAGCACGGAGUGGGGCUUGCCCAGCAUUGUGAAAGCGAUUUUAGGAACCAGCAGAACUCUGACUUACAUUGAGGAACAUUCUGUUGUAGAUCCCGUGGAAAAAAAGAUGGAGCUUUGCUCAACAAAUAUUACUCUCACAAACCUGGUGUCUGUUGAUGAGAGACUGGUUUACACACCUCAUCCUGAAAACCCUGAAAAAACUGUGCUCACUCAAGAAGCAAUUAUUACUGUUAAGGGCAUUAGUUUGAGCAGUUAUCUGGAAAGCUUAAUGGCAAACACAAUAUCUUCCAAUGCCAGAAAGGAAUGGCAAACAUGUUCAUCAUGCUACACUUGUAGAGUGAAAGGUCGGGAGGCCCUGGAGUGGGUGAUCAGCAAACUAAACGCAGAACUGGAGGAGCUGAAGUCAACGCGCGAGGGCAUGAAACCAGGCAUGGCAGCGGCGUCAGCAGAACAGUGACACCAGAAACUCCUAGGGACUGACAGCAAAGUGAUUCUGCAGACUGCUUUGUGGAUCCCCCUCCCAAGGUGGAUCUGCACAGGUUUCAUAUCUUUGUAAGACUAUUGGACCAGCAGAAAAAUAACCUCAUCUCUCAUCUCCACAGCAGCUCCUGUUGCCUACUGAAGAUUAACGUGACCUCCUGCUGAUACUCUUUUCAUUUAAACGGUUUAACACUGGAAACCAAACACUUAGCACAUUUACUGGUGCCUAAAUGUGCCUUUUCUAGCAAAGAGAGCAACGUUGUAUUUGCACCAUCUUGGCUUUUCGUACUCCAGCUUGAGUGCAUGUGUGAUGUUGAGGGUUUUCCAUGUGAACAUUUGUUCUGUGAAGAGCUGAUGAGUACUAGAGCACUGAAUUGUCAGUUUUGCCAUCCGAGAGUGUCUUAUGACCAUUUAAAGGGAACUAUGUGAGGCAGGAUGUGAUAGUGUAGAAUUAGAACUCUAUCCAGAGAGCACCAUCCCGAGAAGCUAAAACUUGUUUGGUACUGACUUCUCUUCUGUCAUUUAAACCUGCUGCCUGCACAUGACACACAGAUGCUCUUACCUCUUUGAUGGUUGUAUCCAAAGAAAGAUAAGGUUUCUAUUGAUGUUAAUAGCCUAAAACAGUUCUUUUGGUGGGGAGAAGAGUUUAAUUUAUUUUCCUAUUUAUUAAUUUGCCCUAAUUCCUCCCCUCCCUAUGAGAUUCCUGGAAGGUGCUGGAAAAUAUUUAUCUCUAAGAAGGGUACCUGAAUGAAGAGACUGUGCUGUUCUGGUGGUCCUGGCUCUUCACGUCAUGUCUUAACUGAGGAAGAGACUGAUGCAAUAACCAGAAGAGCUGAAAUGGGAAAUAAGCUGGCAAUUUGGAAUCCAAAUGGGCUUGUGAACAUGCACUUCUCAUGCCCUGAGUGGAGAAAACCAGAGAACAAGAAAAACAAAAGGACUUUCUUUUUGAGUGCUUUCUACUGACUACCAGUGUAACCAAAAUUGUUCAACACUUUUCCACAUUGGUACAAAAUGGUUUAGGAUCAUUUUAAAUGCUUCUCAUUAGCUGGAGAAAUGCUCCAAUAACUGCAGAAACUGCUUCUUAUAAACUGUGCAUAAAUAUCUCCUGGGAAGAGGCCUGGCCUUAUCUGAUGGUCACAGAACUAUCAUAUUUGGUCCAGGUGCAGCUCAUGUUUCUUAGCUCUCUCUUAGGGCAUUUUAACUGAUUUUUGUUGGUGUGCACACAAAGUGAAAUAAACGUUGCAAAGAUGUUUA